UCUUUUUUCCUUCUUUUCUCCACUUGCGAUCAUGAGCCCUAUUGAAAACAAGACUACUUUGAAGCUUGGUGUUCUUGCUUUGCAAGGUGCAUUCCUGGAGCAUAUCCACAUGCUCGACAAUUUGCCUACAGUCUCUGAGGCCAUUCCAGUCCGUAAUCUUGAACAACUGCAAUCAGUGGAUGCACUCAUUAUUCCCGGAGGCGAAUCGACCUCUAUGGCCUUGAUUGCUGAACGCUGUGGUCUCCUCGAACCCCUCCGAGAGUUUGUUAAGACAAAGCCAACUUGGGGCACUUGUGCAGGCAUGAUCAUGUUGGCCAACGAGGCUACGAGUGCAAAGAAGGGAGGACAGCAGUUAAUUGGUGGUCUUGCUAUCCGUGUCAACCGGAAUCAAUUCGGUACCCAGAAGGAGUCUUUUGAUACCAAGUUGCACAUGCCUAAAUUAGUAGGCGAGACACCUUUCCAUGCAAUCUUUAUUCGUGCACCCAUCAUUACUGAUGUGCUAUCAGACGAUGUCAAGGUCGUUGCUCGUUUGGAACAAAAGGUCGGCCAGACCGAAGCUGAAACCAUCGUUGCAGUCCGUCAGGGUCAUCUCUUUGCCACCGCAUUCCAUCCCGAAUUGACCUAUGAUAACCGACUUCACAGCUACUUUGUAGACAUGGCUCUAGAGUGCCAUAGCAAUAACUAAGUUUAAAUCAUGAUUUGUAUUAGUUCAUACGCAUCCAUUUACAUCCACAUUCCCCAUCUUAUCCUAUAUUUCUUCUGUACACAUUCUCCUAGAAAACAUAUCAUUAGAGCAUAUAUACUCCAUUCGCUUCAAAGUCAAAGGAUUUUCUUUGUAUGAGCCGGUAGGCAGUAGCCUUUUUUUUAAUGUGUUUCUUUCUCACACACACAUUCUCUUCAAUUUUCUUCCUCCACACUAGAAGAUUUCAAUAAACGGUACAUGAUUGACACCCAUUAA